UUGGCAUCUGGUAAUAUCGCGUUUUUGCAAUGUGAUUGUGGAAGGGUAUCUUGACUUGACUUUUCGUAAAAUUCAGAAAUUUUCCAAUUGUAUUUACAAUUCUUCAUAAAACAUUUUAUUUUUGUGUUGUUGAGAUUCCUAUCUACCGUGAAACAUCUCUUUGUCUUAUCACAUUUCGAGUAGGUAUCGUUGAUCAAGGUAGUCGCAUCCAAACUUUGCAAGAUGUCGGGGAUACUCUUCUUCAAUUUUGACAAGGAAAAGAUGCAUGUAACAUCGUAGGCUUUUGUGGAAUUUAUAUGAGCUUAAAAUCGUGUGAAUGUGUAAAUAUUAUAGAUAGAAUAACGCCACCAUGAAUCAAGUAGCGGGUGAGGAUGUACAGAGUAAUAUGUGCAAUCAGGUGAAUACGAAUAUGAAAAACAAAAGCAAAAAGGCCAAAGAUCCUUCAGAAACGACUGACGAUAGAAGUAUAUUGGAUCAGAAGUUAAGCGAAACGUUAGUUAAUACACUUCAUUUAAACAACAUAAAUCGCACCCUAACGAAUGGGACAAGUGACCACUCAAAAGACAGUAGUUCCAACGUUGGAAGUGAUAAUUCAGAUGCACAAGGCGAAGUUGCAAUAGAUGUAAAUAGUGUAAAGUUUAACGCUGAACAAGGCACGGAGACCAGUUCUACACCAAAUGUCAGGUGUACCAUAGAUGAGGGUCUAGAGAAUAGUUCUGCUGAUCUACAAGAGGCACAGGGUGAAAUUGACAUUAUUUCCUAUGAGUCUGAAGUGCAAAUGCCUGAAAUUAUGAGACUAAUUCAAAAAGAUCUCUCAGAACCAUACUCAAUCUAUACAUAUAGAUAUUUUAUACAUAAUUGGCCUAAGCUUUGCUUCUUGGCAACCCAUGAAGGGACAUGUAUUGGUGCCAUUGUAUGUAAGUUAGAUAUGCACCGGAAUGUUGUGAAACGGGGCUACAUAGCAAUGCUGGCAGUCGACAAGAAGUAUAGGAAAAGAGGCAUUGGAUCCAGGCUGGUACAAAAAGCAAUUCAGGCAAUGAUUGAUGAUAAUGCUGAUGAAGUGGUAUUAGAAACAGAGAUAACGAACAAGCCAGCAUUGAAGCUCUAUGAAAACCUCGGGUUUGUGAGGGACAAGCGUUUAUUUCGGUAUUAUCUGAAUGGUGUAGAUGCAUUGCGAUUGAAGCUAUGGCUUAGGUGAAAUAAGUAGGUAACAAAUGUGAAUUUUUCAAUGUUGUGUUAUACUUGUAGAGACUACACUGUCUCAGCAUACAUAGUGGUACAAUAAUGGUAUAUAUUAAUGUGGUACUGCCACUCGAGUUUCAUGCAAAUACAUAUACAUAUAAAAGCUGUUCUCUUCUCAAUUUAAAAGCUUCUAUUAGUCUUUCUUUGAUCUAUUAAAAUUUCCCAAAUUUAUGUAGAAGAUAAAUAUUUUGAAUCCAAAAUAGUUUCAUUAUUUUAUUUAUCAAAAUUCUGAUGGUUAUACCAAUAUAAUUGUACCAUGGAAUAUAUAAAAUGUGCGCUACUGUUGUGUGGUGUAACCUUCAACAGCCAUGUGGAUUUUAGCCAAAUAUAUAGUUUGUUUUCAAUAAUUUAAUAGUCAUGUGAUAUGUUUUAUUUUAUCUAAUUUAUGCGUUGAAAAUUGUUAUGAAAUAUUUUCUUUGAAUCUUUUAUAUCUCAUUCUAAUGGAUGUAAAUGGUUUAAUAUCCAUACUAAAAAUACACAACUUGAAGAAAUUAAAA